CUUGUGGACGGAAAUUUUUGUGGCUCUGUGCUUGGGGUCCGAGUCUCAUCUACAGUGACAACAUUGAACUUCUUCCACAGUUUCCAGUUUCCAGUUUCCACCACCACUUCUACGUUAGGGUUCGUCUUCAUUUCGAUUUGAAGAGUUGAACUACACCAUGGCAACUCUGCAAUCCUUGCGACCUUCUUUCCGCCCAACAUCAAUCUCUCCCUCAAAUUCUCACACUUUCCCUGCCACUCCCUUUAAUUAUUCCCCCAAAUUGAUUGCCUCAAAGGGUGUCACUGUCACCCUAAGACACUCUAUCAUUUCUCCUAGGGUUUCCAAUUCCCACUAUAGUCCCCAAAUCGCGGAAAGUCUCGGUGAAGUUAGCAUUUUCACCGCUGCCGGAGAGCCAGUGAGAUUCAGUGAUCUCUGGGAUCAGAAUGAGGGAAUAGCAGUGGUGGCACUAUUGAGGCACUUUGGAUGCAUUUGCUGCUGGGAGUUAGCUUCAGCCUUGAAAGAAUCCAAAGCAAGGUUUGAUUCAGCUGGUGUCAAGCUAAUUGCAGUGGGUGUUGGUAGUCCCAAUAAAGCUCGUAUGCUUGCUGAAAGAUUACCAUUUCCAAUGGAUUGCCUUUAUGCUGAUCCUGACCGCAAGGCAUAUAAUGUUUUGGACCUAUACUUUGGUCUUGGCCGAACUUUCUUCAACCCAGCCAGUGCUAAGGUGUUUUCGAGAUUUGAUGCUCUGCAGAAAGCUGCCACUAACUAUACAAUUCAAGCCACCCCAGAUGAUAUAAGUGGUGUUUUGCAGCAGGGAGGGAUGUUUGUGUUCAGAGGAAAGCAGCUACUGUAUGCGAGGAAAGACGAAGGUACAGGUGACCAUGCUCCCUUAGAUGAUGUUUUUGAUGUCUGCUGCAAAGCUCCUGUUGCCUAAUGCUGUAUUUUAUAAAAGUUUAAAUUUGCUUAACAUUAUGAAUGAUGAGUUUAGGAAGAUUUGUGUUUUUAUUCUAGAUUUCUGUGAAUCAUAUCAGUGACAACAUGUUGUAAGAUGUGAAUAUGAUUAAAAAUCACAUACAAAUGUUAUAAAGUCUCUAUAUAGUUCACUGAACUCAAUUUUAUAGAAACAAAACUUGAUUAGAAA